AUGAGGAGUCCAACAGCGUGCGCGCAAUGCCGUCGGGCCAAACGCCGAUGUAUUCGCAACGCGCCCAGCGAGGCUUGUGCUCCGUGCGAACAAAGACAACUGCUAUGUGAAGAAAAUGUACAGGUUCAGCUUGGUGGCCAGCGGCCCCUAGUUCCUCGAUCAGCUGCAGUCGCGAGUACCCUCGGCCAGUCACCUGAACGGCAGAUAGGCCCAAGAGUAGAACUGUCUCGUGGAAUCGUAAUCGAGCUUGUCGACCACUACCUGGACAAGUUCGAUGGUAGGCCCCAUAGUAUAUUCCAUCCAGCUACUCUCCGGUCAUCGGUACACAACGGCACCCUCAACGAAGCUUUAUUGUACGCCAUCUGUGCCAUUGGGUGCAAAUUCUCAGGAAAUCCUGAUCUCCGCUCCCAAGGCUCCUUUUUUGCAACGGAAUCGAGGCGGCUGUUGCAAGCGGACAUCUCGAAUAUCUGCCUUGAGAACAUUCAAGCUUGCAUCUUGAUUGCAAUGCUAAGCGUUGGCCACGGCGAUAGCGCCUCAGAGGCGUUGUUCAUCCGUAUCGCUACCGCAAUGGCUGAGAUCAUGAAUGUGAAUUCCCCUGCUUUGGAGGGCUCUAUCAUCGAUCGGGAGAUAAGGCGACGGGUGUGGUGCUCGCUGUACAUGACUGACAUGUGGUGCAUUUCCGGGCAAGGACUCCACAGCCAGAUGAAGGAUGUCGAAGUGAAGGUAGAGCUGCCAAUGAACGACAGUACAUUCUCGUCAUUAAAGCCUGACCAAGUCUCCGUCAUUGAUCCGCCAGAACAUGGAAUAUGGGCCCAUAUGAUGACGCUUGUCCCCCUUUUUAGGCCGAUCUAUGAUAUCAAUCGUCGUAUCGCUAACGGCGAAGUGCAUAACGUCAAUUUAGACCAAGAGGUUGAGCAGCUGGCCAGGGAUCUGCUAAAUUGGAAAAACAUGUUGCCAUUUGAUGCCCAGAUGAAUCAGACAAAUCUUCUUCAACAGCAAAGAAAUGGCCUAGGUGGACUUUUGAUCUCAAUACACUUGGCAUAUCACCAUUUUUCGAUCCUCCUAUAUUUCCGAUAUCUCGAAGCUCAGCAGGAGACGUCUUCAACCGAUCGCAUAUAUACCGCCCGCUGUAAAACUCAUGCUUCAUCCUUCAGCUCGCUGUUGCGCCAGGCUCGGCAAUUGAAAAGCUGUGACGUGGUAUAUCCCAACAUCAGCCACAUGGUAACAGUGUCGUCGUCUGUCUUGCUGCACACCCUUCUCUUUGGUGAGUUAGAUGAGCUUGCGACGGUCCGCCAGGAGCUCAACUCCAAUUUCGAGGCACUUAUUGACCUCACGCAAUAUUGGCCUUCCACAUCUGCUAUGAUCGAACGCCUAGUCGUCUUCCAAGAUAUGUGUCUGCUAUCAACAGAGCCAGGGACACAUAAGCUGGAUGGGUGGAUGCUGAGGUUCUUGAUAGAGCAUUCUCUGGACUUCGAGGCCAAAAAGACGAAAGUGAAUCCGAUAAGCCUCCCUAUCGAUUUGGACAAACUGUCCUUGAAGGGCAAGGAGCUCGUGGAGCAGGGGCGGUAUCUGAGUUUUCGGUCUCAGUGA